GAAAAUAAACAAAAUGGCCGACAGCACUGAAAAUCUCUCUCGUCAAAAUGAGCAGGGCCAGUCGAGUGAAUCGGAGGAUGACCGGCUUGCUAACAUCAAGAAGGAUAUGGAAGGAUGGCGCGAGGUGCUCAUACCGCUCAACAAACUUCUCAACUGGGAGAAACCAUACUACCCAGCCAUCAUCGUGGGAUUCACCACUUUUGUCUUCAUGUUGAUUUGGUACUUCGAGCCGUCAGUCCUGACAACCUUUUCCUUGAUUGGUUUGUUCAUGUGCAUUAUUGAUUUCAUUGUACCUAUGGUUGGACCAAUGCUGUAUUCUAAUACACAGUGGACUGUCGUCCAAGAACAGGAGUUUGAGCAGAUCUGUAUUCGACUGUGGAAUGCCAAAGUUCACUUCAACAACUUCAAGGAAACAAUGUCACAGCUGAAAACUGAAAAACCAAAAGUGUAUUUCAUUGUGGUCAUGGGGAUGCUGAUUCUCUUUGCAUGGAUUGGAUCUCUCUUUGACAAUAUGCUUCUAACCUACUUAAUAGUGAACGUGGCUCUUCUUCAAUCGGGCCUGAGACGCCAUGCCGUCGUCAGGAAGUAUAUCCAGAAAGGCAAGGCCAUUCUCGAUCGCACAGUGUUGAACAAGAGCAAAACGAAUUGAGCUGGUGUCGUCGCCAAAUAUCAUCAAGAACCAGAUGUACCUUUUCAAAAAGAUGUCAAGAGAUGGAGUCAGUGUUGUCGGUUCAGUGGUGGUCAUGUUGUUCAUAUUUUGAGCUUGAUAACGAUAGCAACUUUUAGUGUAACAUAAAACCUUUUUUUUUUUGCUUUUUGCUUUUAUGAAGUAAAAAAGGCGAAAUAUAGGUGUUGCUUUUUUGGAGGUGGUGGCAUCGGCAUCGACUUUGGUAUUUAAAGUUUAACGUUAAAGUUUUGUAAUUACAUCAGUUUUUAACAAACUAUUAGUCUGAGGUCGAUGAAACUUGGUUUGUUGUUUCACCUAAUUAAUUAAACAUUUUAAAAUACUUUUGCAUUUUGCAUAACGUUAAAGUUUUAUGUUUAGACCCAUUUCUCAUAAACUUUAAGUGAUAAAUCGAUGAAACUUGUUUUAUAGUUGUUGCUAUGGAUUUUAAUCACAAUUCAUGUGAAAAGAAUUAAACAUUAAUUAAACAUUUUUAAUUAAAAUAUUUAUUUUUUUCUCUACAUUAAAGUUUCGUGUUUAGAUCCGUUCCUAAUAAAACUAUAGGUCCUACAACAAUGAAACUUGGUUUAUGGUUGCACCAAUGGUUGUUCAUCACAGAAUGUGUGAACAGAAUUAAUUAUAAUAUUUUUGAAUUUAGCUAACGUUUUGUGUUUAGCUCCAUUUCACACACACUGCAAGUCCUAGAUCGAUAAAACUUGUUUAAUAGUUGUUCCUAUGAAUGUUCAUAACAAUAUGUGUGAAAAGAGUUUAAAAUUUAUAUGAUGCAACUAUCGGUAACACCGAAAGAGUUUAUGGUAGACGAGAUGUUUAAUUCCACCGAAUUCAUGUUUUUGUUUGGGUUUUCUGCUUCAAAUGUGUCAGACAAAAUUCACAGCCAUAUCUAUAGGGUUGGAGGGGUGCAAGUGGAAUGACUUUUUUUUUUCUUUUUUUUAAAAUCAAAAACAGUUUAAAUUUAAAUCUCACAGAGUCAAAAAACCUUUAAGCAUAUUUUGUUAACUUUUUCCAUUCUUGAAAAGUUGCCUCUCAUUUUGGGUCUAGACUAAAGCUAGGAUUCCUUUAAUGUAAACUUGGCUCCGACUAAGAUAUGUCCUAACACAGCCUUUUCAAAUGCUAGGUACAGUGCAUCCAUCUCUCCAUCUUAACGGUGCGAGAGGAUAACAUUGAUAUGUUCCCACUUUAAUGCAAACUUGGCUCCGACUAAGAUAUGUCCUAACACAGCCUGUUCAAAUGCUAGGUACAGUGCAUCCAUCUCUCCAUCUUAACGGUGUGAGAGGAUAACAUUGAUAUGUUCCCACUUUAAUGCAAACUUGGCUCCGACUAAGUUAUGUCCUAACACAGCCUGUUCAAAUGCUAGGUACAGUGCAUACAUCUUACCAUCUUAACGGUGUGAGAGGAUAACAUUGAUAUUUUCCCACUUUAAUGCAAACUUGGCUCAGACUAAGAUAUGUCCUAACACAGCCUUUUCAAAUGCUAGGUACAGUGCAUCCAUCUCUCCAUCUUAACGGUGUGAGAGGAUAACAUUGAUAUGUUCCCACUUUAAUGCAAACUUGGCUCAGACUAAGAUAUGUCCUAACACAGCCUGUUCAAAUCCUAGGUACAGUGCAUCCAUCUCUCCAUCUUAACGGUGUGAGAGGAUAACAUUGAUAUGUUCCCACUUUAAUGCAAACUUGGCUCCGACUAAGAUAUGUCCUAACACAGCCUGUUCAAAUGCUAGGUACAGUGCAUCCAUCUCUCCAUCUUAACGGUGUGAGAGGAUAACAUUGAUAUGUUCCCACUUUAAUGCAAACUAGGCUCAGACUAAGAUAUGUCCUAACACAGCCUGUUCAAAUGCUAGGUACAGUGCAUCCAUCUCUCCAUCUUAACGGUGUGAGAGGAUAACAUUGAUAUGUUCCCACUUUAAUGCAAACUAGGCUCAGACUAAGAUAUGUCCUAACACAGCCUGUUCAAAUGCUAGGUACAGUGAAUCCAUCUCUCCAUCUUAACGGUGUGAGAGGAUAACAUUGAUAUGUUCCCACUUUAAUGCAAACUUGGCUCCGACUAAGAUAUGUCCUAACACAGCCUUUUCAAAUGCUAGGUACAGUGCAUCCAUCUCUCCAUCUUAACGGUGCGAGAGGAUAACAUUGAUAUGUUCCCACUUUAAUGCAAACUUGGCUCCGACUAAGAUAUGUCCUAACACAGCCUGUUCAAAUGCUAGGUACAGUGCAUCCAUCUCUCCAUCUUAACGGUGUGAGAGGAUAACAUUGAUAUGUUCCCACUUUAAUGCAAACUUGGCUCCGACUAAGAUAUGUCCUAACACAGCCUGUUCAAAUGCUAGGUACAGUGCAUCCAUCUCUCCAUCUUAAUGGUGUGAGAGGAUAACAUUGAUAUGUUCCCACUUUAAUGCAAACUUGGCUCCGACUAAGAUAUGUCCUAACACAGCCUGUUCAAAUGCUAGGUACAGUGCAUCCAUCUCUCCAUCUUAACGGUGUGAGAGGAUAACAUUGAUAUGUUCCCACUUUAAUGCAAACUUGGCUCCGACUAAGAUAUGUCCUAACACAGCCUGUUCAAAUGCUAGGUACAGUGAAUCCAUCUCUCCAUCUUAACGGUGCGAGAGGAUAACAUUGAUAUGUUCCCACUUUAAUGAAUUCAUAUCAACAAUAUGUCUGCAUGCUGGAGUUUUGUUAAUGGAAUCCUGGCUUCACAUGACUCAGAUAUUACAUCUUGCAACUAUCAGGGGUGGGAAUUCUCCUUGGAUCAGCUGUUUUCCUCUCAUGGAACAUUGUGUUUCCUCGCAUUUUAAUCAUCCUUUCCUCCAAAAUGUGUCAGAUGGCACAGAUUUUAACCUAGGAUUUCAAGAAUUUCCGGGACCCCUCUCGAUUUCCUCUUUUUUACAAUUCACCAAUUCCCACCCCUGAACAAUUCACUUUUUAAAAAUAGUAUUAAGUGAAAAGCACAGUUUAAUAUUAAUCCUGUUGUCAAAAAUCCAGAUAGAACCGUUUAACCAAUGUUACACUAUAAUAUGAAGUGUUCAAAAUCCAUGCUCUGACACAUAACAUCAUCUAUUUGUUGCGUUAAUAAAACCCAUGACUUGAAAUAAACUUUUUUGGGUAAAAUGUGUACCACUAUAUGAAGACCUAAUCAGAAAUACAAUCCAUGAUCUAAGACAUAAUAUAACACAUUUGUUUUUGUUUUUAUCAAAGCCAUAAUAUGAACACAUAAGUGUUAUUGUAAUAAUUUUUGGAACCCAAGUUCCUUAGAGUUGUGUUUUCAGAUAUGUUGUGGUCAUCAAGAAAUGUAAUUAUUUUGAUGCAUAAUAACUUGAUAUUACACUGUGAAAUGGCUAAUGAAUUAAUGACCAUCUGUAAUGUUUUUUCUCUAUUUGGUGAUUCUCAUAGAAUCAUCCGUGUUUGUUAAUGUAUCUCUGGAAUGUUUAGUAUUGUUGUGGUCAAUUUAUUGCAUGUGAUUACCUUAGAUACCUUUUUUUUUUCCAUAUGGAUGUUUAUGGGAAUGUUAUAAUGGAAUAUAUAAUAUUGCAUAUUUAAUUCAACCUUUUCUACAGCAUUUUACCCUGCUAUUUGUAAGGGCUUGUGCUUUUUGUGAUUUAGUAUCAAUCUAGUUUUAAUAUUAUAUACGAAAUUGGCAUGCGUAAUAUAUUCCAUGCAGUCCCAAUUUCUACCUUUUUGAAAAUAUAUAACUGAUUAUCUUUGGAUGGUCAGAAUUUUAAGGCUUUGUGCAUACAUAUAUAUUUUUAUUUUUUUGUUUAUCUUUAACACCAUAAAAUUGAAUAGCAUAAUUAUUUAAAUAUUUACAGUCAGUUCAGCUGACAUAAAUGUUGAGCGCUUGUAGCUCUAUUGGUAGAAAUAUGGAAAAAUUCUAGAUAUCUUUGGAAUUGUAACAUUUUAAGAGAUGAUUCGUUUCUCUGACCUAAAUGUAAUUAUUAUUCAAAUUGUAUAACUUUCUAUUUGUUUUUAUCAUAAUUGGAAUCUUCUGUGAAAGAACAUUUACUUCAAAUAUUAAAACAGAAAUAUAUUUAGUAAACAUGCUCAACUGUUUAUUUAAUAAAUUAUGAAAAUAUCAUUUGGAUGCAUUUCGUGUAUCAAAAGUAGUUCAUUAUGGUGUUAAUAUGAUCAUAUAAUAAUUACAUAUGUUAAGAGCAUCUUCUGUUUGUACUUCGCAUUCAGCAGUGUUGCCGUUUUUAUCAAUUUCCAAAUUCAGUUCUUCGUAAUGAUGCUGUAGGCAGCAUAGCCAGCAUAAUUGUCUUGCCAGUAAUUAAUUUUAAAAUAAGGAUACCGUGUAAAUAUUUAUUUAUUCUCAUCCGGUACAGAUUUUGGAACUUUGUGUUUCAAUUUACUGUGUGUAUUCCCAUUUCCAAACAUUUUUACAUUCCUUUUCUUUUGCAGUUUUUGUUUUGUAGGUUUUGUUUUGUUUUUUAGGUUCUUUUGUUUUGUUGUUUCCAUUUUGUAGUUUUUGUUGUUUUGCUUUCAUCAUUUACGUUCACAUGAUUUAUUAAUUUUUGUGUCCAUUUGUUUGUGAAAAUCUAAGUUUGUCAAAACAUCAUAUGAAAAUUAGCUAGGCAGAUAAAAUAUUUUUGGAAUGAUUAAUAUGAAAAUGUUUGUGUUUACAUUUUUUUUUUUUAUUGUAUUAAUAUUUAGUAGUUACUAUUAAGCAAUAUAGCAUAUCUAUAUAAAUCUUUGUUGUAAUUCUGUUGUAUAUUUUUUUGGGUUUCGGCUAUAUUAUUAUAAAAAUUAUAUCGGUAAUGAAUACUCAUUUAAUAAGAUUUGCUUACCUUGCAUUUUAAUUAGUGCAUAAUGAAAUGUUGUCUUCUUAAACAUACACUAUUGGGCCUCAUUUGCUUUCAAUCCUUGUACCUUCAUAAUCAUUAUGUUGGCAAUAUUUUAUAACACAUUUUUUUUUAUAGUAUUGUAAUUUUUGUGUUCAGGUAAUAACAGCAACAAAGUUAUUUUGUGAGAAGGAAUGGUUCAGACUAUUGCAGCAAGUGAUAUAAUUUGUAACACAAACUUAUUACGGCACACACCACUAUUACCCUUCUGCUGUGUAGUGUAGUAGUUUAAUACAGUCCAGCUGGAAAGGUAUCCCUUUCUUUGAUUAAGAGAUAGUGCAUUAAAUACCUGAAGUUGCUUUUUGGGUAUUUUAGACACAGUUCUUGCUCCUUGUUCUACUUUAGUCAUCUCAAAACCUUCAUAAAUUGCAGCAAAUCUGAAAACUAGUUUUGAAUGGGUCAUAGCUCACAAUGUAAUUGGUCAACCUAAUAUUAAGAAAAAAUGCAUUUCAUACGUCUUGCAAUGUUUAUGUACACAAUACAAUUAUUUACAGAUUUCUGUAUAAAUGUGAAAGAAAGUUAAUGGUGGUGUGUGACCUUAAUAAAUGACAUUUUACAAAAAUCUAAAUUUUCAGCAAGAAGUUAAUGUUGUCAUUUUAUUUACUGUUUUUUAUUUUUUAUUAUUUUGUUUUUGUUUUUGUAUUUUAACAAAUGCUAGACCGUGACAUAGUUAUUAUUAUAACAAAUUAUUGCCACAAUUGUGUGUACAUUUUGUUAAUAGUCCCUGCAUGUGAUGUGCCUUAUCAUUUUCAUCAUUUUAAUGCCCAAUUUCAUGUAAUCAUUUUUAUUUUAGCAUUUUAACGUCUCAUUUCAUGUAAUAAUUUUCAUCUUUUCAGUCUGAUGACCUCUAGAACUUGAUAUUACCACCAAGAACAGAUUUUUAUGUACCGUACUUAAAACAAAUUAAAAUACUGGAAACUAAUUGUCAAAAUAUCAAAUUAAAGGAGCCAGCUUUUUUUUAUUUUAAAUUUAGUUUUUGGUUUUUUAUUUAGUUAAGACUGUGUGGUAUCCCGGCUGAUAAAGUUUGAAGCAAACUUAAGUCAUUUAGAAAUGUAAGAAUCAUAUGUUAAAAUGUGGGAAUUAGAAGUUAUUUCCAGAAAUCAAGAUGGAUAAAACCAUCCUGGCAGGUAAUAAUAUAGAAUGCUGGAUGUAUAUAAUAAUUACUCAUUAGUGACUACACACAAGAAGCCUCAUCUCUAUCUCAGUGGCCAGUCCAUACAUUGGGUUUAAGCUUCGAUCACCAAAUGCAAAUCAGAAUUGAAUUUGGUGAAUACAUUUUUUUUUUUUUUAAAUAAAUUGCCAAAAAGCUUCUUAAAAAAUUGAAAAUUGAAAUUCUUUAAAGAUUAAAUAUUAAAAAUAUAAUUCAGCUACAAAUAAAAAAAUAAAAAAAUAAUUGUAUUUUUUAAAACAAAAUUUGCAUAAAAUAAACCUGUUUCUUACCCAAUUUGCUAUUUUUGUUUGAGGAGGAAAAAAUCCUCCUUUCAUUUUGCAUACAAAAAAGUGAUGUGUAGAAAUGUGUUUUAAGGUUGGUUAACAGUGUGGUUAGUCGAAGCUUAUCCGAGUCGUUAUUCUUUGAUUAGAAUACAAAUGCAUGGAUCAUUCCUGUUUGGUUUGUUAUGUUUAAGAUUAUUGUUGAGAUUUUAAUUCACUUUGUGAUGAUGGAUUGUUGUAGUGAAUUAGUUACGUUUUGAAUGUUAAAGCAUUACAUUUUAAAAUAUAACAAUACACAUUUACCAACUGUCUGAAUCACAAAAUGCAUGGUUCUGAGGAAGUUUAAUAACUGAAUAAAAUGACACAUUUGUCAUAGACAAGUUUUGAUGUACAAAAGUAUAAUACAUUUAUUUAUGUGGGGUGCAACUAAGAGGUGCGAAAUAUUCUUUUCAAACUGUAGACAUGAGCAUAUGUAACAUUUUUAUUAAAACGGGUCUAAAAGUUGUUUGUCAUCAAGAAAAUUGCAUACAUUUUGGUAUUUUUUUAAAUACUAUCUGUGCAUAAUAUUAGUCGGUCAAGAACAGCUAUUUACAAACCGUACAUGGUUUUGGAUCAGAUAUUAAGCAAUGGCAACAUAACAAUAAAUAUUAUUAUGUAGAUACUCCAGUGUGUGGUAUUCACACCAUUACAAUUUCAUAAUCUGCAGUUGAACUGUUACCAUUUUGUCAUCUCUUGUGCAUUGACACUAAUCCAGUUAUAUGUAUUAUCCAGUUGUUUAUUAUUCAAAAGUAAUUAUUAAACUAUUUCAUUUAGACGGGCAAAGUAAAAAAAAUCCUUGCCGUUACAUUUUUUUUAAAACUACGACUAUUUGUUGCCCAACAUAUUUUACUUUGACACUUGGUCAAGAGAAAAGAGAGAUGCAACCUUCUCCCACCACAAAUGGUGACUGGGAAAAACUGCAGUUGAUUGGCAAAAUAUUAAUCUUCAGUUGGUCCCUUAUGUAGGUUUGCUGGUGGCUAAUUUUGACAAAAAAAUAAUCAAGAUUGCAAUCAGAUCAGAGUUGUGAAAAUAUGGCCGAUACAAUGCAUCCCCAUAGUUAUUGUUUCUGGUUUAUACCAGAUAUGAUAUUUUAUGUUGUGCAUUUGUGUGUAAUAUGACUUGGUGUAUUACAACUUGGUGCUUAUUUCUUGCAAAUCAUUAUUUUCAUUUUACCAUUUAAUGCACUUUAGUUAUUUUAACUCCAAUGCUUUGUAUUAUUUACCCAUUUUAUUGUUAAUUAGAACACCAAUAUAAAGUACAUUUAUAAAAAGAUUGGUCUUCAUUGGAGUAGUUAGAUAAAUUUACACUUUUUAAAAUCUUUAAAAACACCUUUUUUUUUUGUUUCGUGGAUAACUUUUGUUUAUGGUGGCUGCUGGUAUGUAGCAAAUGGACGUAUAUAUCAUCUAUUCUAAUAUUUUUUAAAACUUGAGAAAAACUAAAAUGUGCCAAAGGUUUUUACUUUUACAUCCAUUUUAAAAUGGUAAGCUAUUUAAGCUAAGUAUGCAGUGAGAAGAAUGCUGGGUUUUAUAAUUUCUUUGAACAUACUGGUUAAAUUGGUUUGCAAAUUAUGUCUUCCACAUUUAAUUUGAAUCCAUCUUUUGUCCAUUUUUAGUCAUUUACAGCAUGUGGCAUUUUUGUAUUCACUUUGUAAACAUUCACACAUUCUUCAAUAAAUAUUUCAUUAUAA